AUGUCUGACAAACAGAAAACAUUGAUUUGUGGCGAUGUUAAUGGAAAAUUCAAUGCCCUAUUUUCACGUGUUGAGUCAGUUGUGAAGAAAUCUGGACCAUUUGACGUUCUUCUAUGCGUUGGAAAUUUUUUCAGUGAUGAUAAUUCUCAACUAGAUGCCUAUAAAAUGGGAACAAGAAAAGUUCCAGUGACUACUUAUGUUUUUGGACCUAGUGACAGCAAUCAUGUCAAAUACUAUUGUGAGGAAGGAGCUGAAAUUGUGCCAAAUGUUAUUUACAUGGGCAAAAGAGGUAUAUUUACAACCAGCUCUGAUGUGAAAAUCGCUUAUCUCACUGGCUUGUCAAGGCGAGAGCUUGGUAAAGACAUCCCUAUGUGUACAUUUGAGCCCAGCGAUUGCAGUGCUGUUAGGGACGCAUGUUUUAGAGGACAGAGUGAGUACAGAGGUGUUGAUGUUCUUAUUACUACAUUAUGGCCUGCUGGGAUAGAGCAAGAUGAAUGUCAAAAGAUGGACGUGGAAAAAGAUCGCCUAUCAGAUUUAAUAGCGUGGCUUGCUAUACACAUCAAACCAAGAUAUCAUUUUGUUCCGUCAUUAGAUAAAUACUAUGAAAGGCAACCAUAUAGAAAUCAAAGCAUACAUCAAGAUUAUCGUGAAUGUGUAACCAGAUUUAUAGCCUUGGCUCCAGUUGGGAACAAAGUUAAGGAGAAAUGGAUAUAUGCGUGUUCACUGCAGCCUAUAAGUAAAAUGCGUAUGACAGAUCUGCUGCAAGCAACCACUGAUGAAACACAAUGCCCUUACGAUCCUGAACUAAUGAAACAACAUCAGCCUGGUAAAGUUGUUAAGUUCUCUGGCAAUGGUCAAUACUUUUUCAAUAUGGAUGCUGCGGAUGAUGAUCAAGGGAAAAGAAAAAGAAAAACUUUCGACAAUCCGGAAAGAAAACGAAAAGAAUUUGAUCCAGAUACAUGUUGGUUCUGCUUAUCGUCGCCAAAUGUUGAAAAGCAUUUAGUUAUAUGUGUUGGAAGCCAUUGCUACCUUGCGUUACCAAAAGGCCCACUUACACCAUACCAUGUUCUCAUAUUACCUAUAGCUCAUCAUCAGUCAGUCAGUAAGGCCCCAGAUGAAGUUGUAAACGAAAUAAAAAAGUUUAAAGAAGCUUUGAAAGAAUUUUACGCAUCAAUGGAUAAGCUUGUAGUUUUCUUUGAAAGGAACUUUCGGACGACGCAUAUGCAGAUACAGUGCGUGCCUGUGCCUCGAGUAUGCGAAUCACAGAUUUUAGAAGUUUUUCAGGAUGAGGCUGGCAUAAACAGCAUACAAAUGGAAGUAUUACCGCCAUUUGCGGAUAUCGCACAAGUGGUGUUGCCAGGUGCUCCUUACUUCCAUGCGGAGUUACCCACAGGCGAUCAGAUUUUCGCGAAAACCAAACAACAUUUUCCUCUGCAAUUUGGCAGAGACGUUCUGUCCAGUCCGCCCAUAUUGAAUUGCGAAGAUAAGGCAGAUUGGAGACAGUGCCUUAUAAGUCGCGAAGAGGAAGACGCCCAUGUGGCAGCGUUCAGAAAAAAGUUUCGGCCUUAUGAUUUUACUGUUGGUGAAGAUAGUGAUAGUGAUUAA